CAAAAAAUUACACUGUUCAGCAGCCUAGGUAAGGUGGAGGUCAGCUCUGUGAAUAAGUCACGCAGACUGAACCACACGCUAGACAACUUUGGCUGUGACAAUGUCACUGUGUACGUCUGUCAGGUUGAUGGCUUGACGAGCUCCACCAGGAGUCUUACUGUGUCUAUGAAUUGUAAGUUGAUUUUUUUUUCAUAUCUGCUUUUUUUUGUUGUUGCAAUUUUGGUCAAUUAAAAUGUGUGGUCCGUAUUUUUUUUUUUAAAUCUAUUCUAAAAUUGAUUAAUCUUUGCUUCGGUUCCACUUUGAUCCAAACAGAGUUGUCACGUGGCACCUGUGGCUUGAGAACCCCUGGAUAUUUAAAGAGCCCCAAACAUGUGAGGUGGUUAGAAAAAGUAUUACAACUUUGAAUGCAAAAGGCUUAAAUAAAACCAAUAUGUGUCAGUGAACACCCCCCAAACAGCCACGACGCGACAUCUCUGAACUCUGAACCUCGUUAUGGCAGUUGUCUCUAUGCGUGCAUUAGCGCUCUUUGCUUACUCCUGUUUAAAACAUAUCAUUCAAAAUAUUAGCUAAAAGCAGCGAAGACGAAGGGUUAAUUGUUACCAAAAUCUAGUAUUAAAAUAGAUUUAAAGCACGGAAAUUUAGUGGUCUCUCUUUUGAGAUUCAGCAUGUUCUUUUAAAAAUAUUCGCAAUUAAGUACCUGCUUUUAUCGGCAUAUAUAAAAAAAAUAAGAUAAUUUCUUGUAAUGACAGUUUUCAAUGUAAAGUAGUUUCCAUGAUAAUAUCUAUUGAUUUCAUUUCUUUUGAACCAAAUCCGACAAUUUCCAGAAACCCAAUAAGUUUCUGAGCAACUCAUUUGCCAAAAAUCUCAUUUUUUUUUUUACUUCAGGUCCUCCUAAAAUUCUUAUACAACGAAUUGAGGACAGAUUCCAUGUUGUGGAGAGCGGGGAGAGCAGCUAUUUUUCAUUUUCUGUGUCCGGGUGGCCCCAGAAUUACACGUUCUCCUUUGAAUUUUUGGAAAACGGCGCCAUCUACCGGGCGAGACAGGAGUUGUACACUGUCCACUUCCAGCCCGACACGCCAGGCGACGGCCGCGUGAACCUGGCCAUGUAUCAAAUCAAGGACUCGGACUUAAG